AUGAUGAAAAAUAAUAAAUGUGAAGGAAAAUCAAACUAAUAAAAAUGUAAGAUUUGGGAUUUUUUAAUGGAUAUCUUUAUUGAAGUUGAUUUUUAAAUUUGUUUUACCGAAACUAAUGAAAUCAAAUACAUAAAAGAUGGAUCAAUAUUGAGAAUGUAAUAAUGUUCUAUUAAAAUAGUGAUCAAAUUCAGGAUUCCUCUUAAAUACUAGAUAUAUUACACAAUUUAGAAUAAAUCUAAUACCUCUAGAAGAAAGGCAAAUUUAGUAAUGAUUUGAGGAAGACUUGGAAGUGGAUAACAAUAUGGAAUGGAGAAAUUUUAAUAAAUGUAGGUGGUAUGUACUCAGAAGAAGGAAAAAAACAAGGAUAAUGGAAAGAACUUUUUCAUAAUUAUUGGAGGUUAGCGGUCAUUAUAUAUUAUUAUAACAGCAAGGCUUAAGUUUAUGAAGAAGGAGAAUAUAUGUAAGGUUAGAAAAUAGGCAUAUGGAAGUAUCUUUAUAGAGAUUGUGAAAUGUAAAUUAUUAAUAAUAAAUUAGUGGAGGAGGAUCUUAUAAUUACUAAGGUAAUAAGAUUGGCAGAUGGAUAGAAUUAAGUAAUAGUUUCUCAGAGUAUUGAUAUUUACUUUAUUAAAACAUAUUUAGAUACAAUUAAGUCACUUAAAUUGGUCAAUAUGAUAAUAAUGGUCAAAAAGUAGAUAGAUGGGAUAUUUAUUAUGAAAAGGAUGGUAAAAACGUAAAGAUGUAUUUAUUCUAAAUAUUAUUAAUCUCUCUAUUAUUAAUUAGAGGUGGUGGAUUAUUUAAUAUAAAUGAAGAAAAUGGAAUUAAUGUUAAAUUUGGAGACUGGAUUGAAUUAAGUGAUACAUUUUGGAAGUAUUAUUAUUUAUAAUUUAAAUUAUUAAGUGAUAGCUUCGUAAUUUAUAAGGGAAUAUAUAAUAAAUAGAAUUAAAAAGUCGGAAGAUGGGAUAUAUAUUAUGAAAUUUGUAGGACAGAUUGAAUAGAUGUAUUAAAUUUGACUAAUAUAAUGCCUAUAUUAAAAUAUAAGUGGUGGUGGAUCAUUUAUUGUUAAUGAAGAUAAUUAAAAUAGUGUAAAAAUUGGAGAUUGGAUUGAGCUAAGUUCUAAUUUUGGAAAGUAUUAUUAUUCAUCAUUUAAAUUAAUUAAGUGAUAGUUUGGUUACUUACUAUGGUUAAUAUAAUUAAUAAGGUUAAAAAGUUGGGAGAUGGAAUAUAUAUUAUGAAUAAAAUAGAUAUUAGGAAUUAAUGUAUUUAUAUUUAACAUUAUCAAAAUAUAAUAAUAAUAGUGGAGGUGGAUCAUAUGGUAUUCAUGAAAAAGAUGGAAGUUGCGUGAAAGUUGGCAAAUGGAUUUAAUAAGGAGAAGGGUUUUAACAGUAAAAAUAAAUAAUUUAUUAAUUCAAGUAAGAAUUAAGUUACCUUCAUUGGUGAAUAUAAUAAAUAUGGUUAAAAAAUAGGAUAAUGGGAUAUAAAUUGGAAUUGGAAUGAUAAUAAUAAAAAGAUGUAUAAUUUUAAGAAUAAUUUUAAUUCUAAAUAAUCGAUUAUAGUGGUGGGGGAUUAUUUUCAUUUUUAAAUGGAGUACUAAAAAGUUUUAAAAUUGGUAAAUGGAUAGAAUUAGGUGAAGGUUAUCAUCUGUAAAUUUAUUUUUUCAUUUGUAUCUAGUUAUAGUUAAGUCACUAUGGUCGGUGAGUACAAUAGUUAAGGACAAAAAUUUGGCAAAUGGGAUACAUAUUAUACUGAAAGUUAAAAAAAACAAGAAUAAAUGUAUAUAUAUUUCAAUAUUUGCUCAAACUUAUAACUAUUAUACAGUGGUGGUGGAUUUUUUUAUUUCUAAGAGGAAUCAGGAAUGAGUGUUAAAAUUGGAAACUGGAUUGAGGUUUGUGAUUUAUUUGCAUAGUAAUUUGAUUAAUUAAUUAUGAAUUACUUUAGUUCAAGGCAAAUAACUUUUCAAGGAGAAUAUAAUAAAAAUGGUUAAAAAUUUGGUCGAUGGGAUAUAUAUUAUCAAUAAAAAUAAAUGUAUAAACUUAAUUUAUUUAAAUCUUAUAUUAGUGGCGGAGGAUAAUAUGAAAUUAAUCAAGGAGUAAGUAAUAGUAUUAAAAUAGGAAGAUGGAUUGAGAUAAGUGACGAUUUUUAUUUGUAAUUUUUAAUUAUUAAUUAUUUUAAGCGAUUGUUAGGUUACAUAUGCUGGUGAAUAUAGUAAUGAUGGCUAAAAAAUUGGUAGAUGGGAUAGUUAUUUAUAUUAGGAUGAUUAAAAUGAUAAAAUGUAAAUUUUAUAAUUAUAUCAUAGUGGUGGUGGAAUUUAUGAUUUAUAAGUUGAAACAGGAACAAAUUUUAAGAUUGGUAAAUGGGUUGAACUGAGUAUUUGUUUUAAAAAGUAAAUUCGAUUUUUAUUUUAUUUUAAAUAUAUAAUAGUUCAAGGUAAAUCACUUUUCAUGGAGAAUAUAAUAAAAAUGGCUAAAAAUUCGGUAGGUGGGAUUCAUAUUAUAAUUAAGAAUAAAUGUAUAAAUUUAAAUUAUAUAAAUAGUGGUGGAGGAUCUUAUAAAGAAAAAAGAAGUGUAAAAAUAGGAAGAUGGAUUGAGUUGAGUGAUAAUUUUGGAGAUGGAUUUGAAUAAUUUCAAGUAACACACAAUGGUGAAUACAAUGAAAAUGGUCGAAAAGUUGGAAUAUGGGAAAUUUAACAUCGGUAGAGUGGUAAUAUAUUAUUUGAUAAAAUGUAAAUAUAUAAUUAAAUAGUAAAAAUAAUAAGUGGAGGAGGUGAUUAUAUUGAUGGUCUUAAAAAUGGGAAGUGGAAGGAAUUGAGUAAUUAUGGAAAGGACAUCACAUAUAAUGGUGAAUAUAAAAAUGGUUUAAAAGUUGGGAGAUGGGAUAUUAAUUGUAAUUGGGAUGAGGAGAAUUCAUUAAUGUAAAAUAAAAUUCGAUAAAAAAAUAAUUUAGAGGAGGUGGCUUUUAUAACAUAAAUGAAGAAGCUUCGACUAAAAUUGGAGAGUGGAUAGAAUUGAGUGAGAGAUAUAAGGAUUAUUUAUAAAUAACAUAUACUGGUGAAUAUAAAAAUGGAUAAAAAAUAGGAAAAUGGGAUACAUAUUAUAAAUUGAAUAAUAAGAACGAAAAGAUGUAUAUUGUUUAUAAUUUUAAAAAAAUCAGGGGUGGUGGAUGUUACGAAAUUAUAGAAGGUAUCUUAAAUAAAAAUGGGAAUUGGAUUGAGUUGAGUGACAAUUUUAUGAAUGAAUCACGAGUCACAUAUAUCGGAGAGUACCGAAAUGGUAAAAAAGUUGAUAGAUGGGAUAUUUGGUGGUAGAAGGAUUAUGGAGAUAAGAAAAAUGAAAACAUGUAAUUAUUAAAAAAUUUAAAUAGUGGUGGUGGUUCAUAUUAGGCUGGAAUUAAAAUUGGUAAAUGGGUUGAAUUGAGCGAUAAUUUUGGUAUAUUUUAUGGUAAAAUUACCUACAAUGGUUAAUAUUUAUACAAUAAGAAAGUUGGUACUUGGGUAGAAAUAGAUAUAAGAAAUAAUGAGAAACUUUCAGAAAAAAAUUAUGAUGUUUGA